UGGGAUGUCAACCGCUGCUAAAAUUCCAAAGCAAAGAAGAACUAGAAACGAAUUCAUUUACACAGUCUGGAGGGGGGCAUUGAACGACUCGUAUUCAUCCGUCAACGAAACGAACCAAGGAAAUAUAUUUAACAGUCCUAUCAACCUGAAGUCAUUUUUAGAGUUGCGCCAGGCCCCCUCCCAAAUAUUGACUGAAAAUAGUAGAUUUCUAGACUGAAUCAUGGCGGAUUCGAGCAACAGUGCUGCUUCGACUGGAGCUACAGGCUCGAAUACUGGUGCCGCCGGGGCUGUUGAGCCGGAGCGAGCUACUGGAGCUGCGGGGAUCAAGCCCGUGUUGGAGAUGGUAAAGGGGCAGAACUUUGACGUUGGACCCCGCUAUGUCAACCUCUCGUACAUCGGGGAAGGGGCCUAUGGAAUGGUUUGCUCGGCCAAUGACGGCAUGACAGAUUCUCGCGUCGCCAUUAAGAAGAUCAGUCCAUUUGAGCAUCAGACGUACUGUCAGCGCACACUGAGGGAGAUCAAGAUCCUGCUGCGGUUCCGCCAUGAAAACAUAAUCGGCAUCAACGACAUCCUGAGGGCCCGCCGCAUCGAGUGCAUGAGGGACGUCUACAUAGUGCAGGACCUGAUGGAGACAGAUCUGUACAAGCUCCUGAAGACCCAGAUGUUGAGCAACGACCACACCUGCUACUUCUUGUACCAGAUCCUGAGAGGCCUGAAGUACAUCCACUCUGCCAACGUGCUGCACCGUGACCUCAAGCCCUCCAACCUGCUCAUCAACACCACCUGCGACCUCAAGAUCUGUGACUUUGGGCUGGCACGGAUAGCUGACCCAGAGCAUGACCACACAGGCUUCCUGACAGAGUAUGUGGCUACGCGCUGGUACAGGGCUCCUGAGAUCAUGCUCAACUCCAAGGGCUACUCCAAGUCCAUUGAUAUCUGGUCAGUGGGCUGUAUCCUGGCUGAGAUGCUGUCCAACAGGCCCAUCUUCCCUGGGAAGCACUACCUGGACCAGCUCAACCACAUACUGGGGAUCCUGGGCUCUCCCACUCCGGACGACCUGAACUGCAUCAUCAACAUGAAGGCCAGGAACUACCUGCAGUCUCUGCCUGAGAAACCCAAGGUCCCCUGGAACAAGCUGUUCCCCAAGGCGGACAGCAAGGCUCUGGACCUGCUGGGCCGCAUGUUGACCUUUAACCCUAUCAAGCGCAUCACGGUAGAGGAGGCCCUGGCUCAUCCCUAUCUGGAGCAGUACUACGACCCCACUGACGAGCCUGUAGCAGAGGAGCCGUUCACCUUCACCAUGGAGCUGGAUGACCUGCCUAAGGAGAAGCUGAAGGAGCUCAUCUUUGAAGAGACGCUCCGCUUCCAGGCCACCUACCAGGGCUCCUGAGACAUAGAGCGUUGAAGACAAGUGACAAAGCGAGUCUUGAAACAGGAAGACUCCAAACGACAAGAUACAAAAACAACAUAUAUACAGCAUACAAAAAAAAAGGACCAGAAACAUUUAACAGUUAGUAUUUUCUUAUAUAUAUAUUUUUAUUUCUAUCGCGGGGAAGUUGUUUUUUUUGGUGGGGGGACUGUUGUCUACUUAAAGGAAAGAUUCACCCAUUUUUGAAUGUUAUUUUGUUUAUGUGCAUCUCAGCGACGUUCUAUUGAUUCCUGGGUUAUUUCAUGUGUAUCCUGAGCUAUUGCCAAUCAACCAGGCAGAAAUUCGGAUGGUAUGUCGUAGCAUUGUGAUAAAGACACUCUCACUACACUGUAAGUUAAUAGGAAUUUGACUGUUAUAUCGCAAAAAACAUCUAUAAUAUGUCAGAUUUGGAAUACUGGCUGAUGUCACAUGGGAGGUUGUCUUCUCUCGAAUGAGCCAUUGAUCAUAUUUUGGGGAUUAUUCCUACCUCGAAAUGUGUAAUUAAACAGAGGGUCCACCACAUUUCUCCUAUUUGUCUGCUCUUUAAGUUGAUGAUGCAUUUCAUGGUUCCAUUGCGUAUGUCAGACUCUGUUCUGCGAGGCACAUCGAGCUGCAGGUUAAACAUGGUGAGAUUGUAGACUCCUAAAUUGAUAGUGAUGUUUGUUUAGGCAAUUUUACAACUAACUAUUUUACAUGCUGAUAUUGACUCUGGUGUUAUUUUGUGUAGCUACAUUUUGCUUGCCAGCCAGCCCAUAAAGAGGGCAUUGGAUUGUGGGUUCCAUUUUCACAUGUUGCCACCAACCUUAUUAUAACAACAAAAUGAAACAUUUGUUCACAAAUAUAUUGUUCUUACAUUGACACUGUAAAUUAUAGGAAUUAGUGGUUUUGGGUGGAUAUUUUCUUUAAGUACUACUGUGCUCAUUUUAACCACCACCAGGAUACUCUUCCCUCUAUCUCUUCUUUAACUGCUUUCUGUGAGGAGUGUGUACUGUUUAAAAAGCAAGACCUUAAUCUUACCCCCGUCUGACCGACUCCAUUUUACCACUCUUCCCUGUGAGCCUUUGUUCUUUUUUCCCCUCUCUGUAAAUCUGUGCUCUUUCUCUCCAUCUCUUUCUCACUAGCCACAGUAUGUGUUACUGUAUUAACCAACACCUUAACUGUCUGUCUUGCUCCAUGGAAUUGUUGUUUGAGAAAAAAAGAGAAAGAAAAGAUGGAUGGGCGCCGGUUAUAUGUGUACAUACAUGGUUUUGUUUGAGUGAUCUCGUGGCGGUUUGGUUUGUACACCAUUAUUUGAAUGUUUAUGAUCAGUCAGGAGUCGUAUUUGUAUGUUUUGAAGUUUAUAUUUGACAAUAAUUUAAUGGUUUUAUUGGGGGGUGAUUUUUAGACAUUCUUUACUUGCAAAAACAAACAUUCUAUGUUUUACUGGCAUGUUGAAGUUUUAUAUUUCGUUGUCUUUUCUUUAGAAAUGAUGUAUGUUGUUCAUCUAAAUGAACAUGCAUACAUUCUUGAAAUGUACAAAAGUGGCAAAGGGAGAGUGGGAUGGAGGCAUGGAGAGACGAGAAAUGGCUUGAAUGGUCUUUGUACUGUAACCCACAGCUGGCUUUCUCUAUCCACACAUAAAGAGGACUUCAGAGUUUUCAGAUAGAAAUGCAUGACCUAGAACAGGCAGGAUUACCCCACAUCUUAGACAUGCUGAUGUGAUUUCCCUAUUCUUUCUGUGCUAGUCUCUGACUCACUAACACCGAUCAGCGACAUGCCACAGACCCUCACCGGUCCUUAAAUGGGAGGUUAAGAAAAAAACUCCAAUCUUUGUUGGAGGGGUACCUAUAGUAUGUUUCUUUUUGCCCAAAACCAAAUUCAACUUGAAAUCAGCCUCCAUAUUAGAAAAUGUUAAGUUCUCUGCCUGUUUGCCAUUCCUCCCCCUCUCCUCCCUUUAUGUGUCUGGUAUCGUUUCAGGGAGGACAGUGAUCUGUAAAUACUGUUCAUUUAUUUAGUUGUGGAGGGUGACAGGCAGAAUCAGCAGAUUUCCGGCUGACAUAUACUUCAAGCUUGUGUUAAACUGAUAAUGGUUGCCACGGUUACUGUGUCUAUGGUAAUUAGUGGCUGAUUUGCUCUUUGUUUUAUGGUGAUUGUUGCUCAGAGCUUAACGCAUCGCUGUCAGAUCCCAGAAUGUCACAUUUUCCACUCGCAUCUAACAGUGGACUGCUCCAUUUUGCCAUAGCACAUCCUCAGCCCCUCAGAAGCUAUAAGCCUCUAUUCAUUGGUAGAAGUGGCCCUACUUUCAGAUCUGGGAUCAGUUUAGCCUCUCCUAAUCCUUACAUUUAGUCAAUAGAGGAGGCGGAGAGUAAAUCUGAGGCCAGGUCUGUGUUCAGUACAUUCUGGAACGUUCAAUUGAACGCAAGCAAUGCUGUACUGAACGACCAGUUGAUAAACAGGGAGGGGUUGGGUAACGCUGUCAGCAUAGCUACUGCCCUUUUUAAAACGCUGUCAGUUAUGAGCAAACACACAUCAAAGUGUGUUCAAGAAUGUUUUGGGGAAACGUGUCGGUCAGCACAAACCGUUCCGCAACGUAGCAAAUGUUAAAGCGAACUGAACGCACCUCUGAUCGAUCAGUGCAUAUGUGCAGUAUCAUCCAUUCCACAUCCCUCGAUUACCAGCCAUGCUAUACUCAAAGGGCUUUCCCUCUCAGGUCCCACCCACCUUACAUUUAUCUUGCUUCUGAUUGGCUGAGACCUCCCAAACCACAUCCCAGGUUGUGCUGCCAUUUGUUGACUCAUUUCUUUUUCUCUUAUUUCCUCCUGUACAUUUUGUUUUCUCCUCUCUCGAACUAAUUCCCCAUCAUGGCUAGAAAUUACAGCAGAUCCGAUUUAAAGGUGAGGAGCCUUUCUUGAGUGACAUCUGUCAGUCAUGUUGGGGGAAGAGGGGUUACUUGCGUCAGCCAUGUCAAUCAUCUCAAUCACCGCACCUGCACUUUGCCACAGUAACCAAACUUUUUCCCCUUCUGUUUUUUUCUUUCUUGUUUUAUUUUUUAACUGUUUCUCUUAAGUCAAGACAUUGGCCUACUCUUUUGCGGUUACUUACAUUUCUUCUUUUUCCUCCCUCUAAUCUGCUUGCUUUUCUGGGCAGAUUUUUCAUGGAAGCUCACUGGAGCUCGUCACACUUUUUAUUGAGUGUGUGCGUGUCAAGUGUCUUAACACACGUUUGCGGUGUCCCACCCUGGUCUGCACUGUUUCAUGUGUGUGUGUAUAGUCUGUGGUUGAAACACAGCAGAAACUACUCCAAACGACAGGAUGUAUGCAUGUUUCUCUGCGUCUGUGUUUUAUUGUUUUGAAACGCACUCCAGAGGCUUUCCCCUUACUUGUAUCUGCAUGUUUGGAUUCUUGUGACUGUCUGUCGUUCUCUGACCAAAAGCUGCUUUACUAUCCCCCAACCCCUUUUUACCCCCCUCCCACCAGCGACACGACCCAACUGACCGCCAGUCUCAUCGGAGGACCAUGCGAAUGAACCAACGGGACCAUGUUUGCAAUACGCAAUCACUCACUUUUUCACAGACACACGCAUACACACAUCCUUGCACACCACAUAUGCACACGCACGCAAUACAUGAAUAAAACAUGCAUAGUCAGGCAGGUUUCUAAAUAAUGUCCUUUUUUAAUUAAAUGGCUGUUCUUAUUAUUGUUAUAGUGAGUUGUUUAUUUUUUUUAUACAAGGGAGUUUUUUUUGUUUUUUAUUUCUCUUUUUUGUUUCACUUAUGGUUGUGCUAUAACUAGUAGUGUUUUCACAGAUAUGAGCUAUUGAGGGUUAUCGUCUAUGAGUAUUAUGAAUUAAACAAUUAUAUACAUAUAAUAAAUACAAUUCCUGAUACUGGUGAA